AUGUCCGUCUACCAAAACAACGGGAAGCCUUUGUCCCAGCAAGCAUUGUACCAACAAAAGUUGCGCCAGGGUGUCUAUGACAGCCCCGGUAAGCCAUCGGUCGGUGUCAGUUCCAACGCUUCUGACACCGCUGCCUUGUUGGCUGCGUCCUCUGAUCUCACUGUGAAGCCAUCCUACGAGAGAACCAAGGCUGCUCCGGAGGCCCACACCGCCGCUUUGGCUGCGAAGAAGUCCGAGACCAAGGCAUGGUCGCGUACCUCAACUGACCCCCACGCUGAUGCCGCUGCUGCCAGCGCCAAGAUCGCUCCAACAUCUUCUGUUGCUCCAGAGUUGGGUCUUCCAGCCGCUUACAACAAGACAUCUGUUUACAACCAAGCCAUGACCAAUUCCACCAAUUCAAUGACAUCUAGAUCGACCCCAGAUAAGUUGGUCUCGAAGCAUGGUUUGGCUGGUAAGCCAGCUGCGCCUGCAGCCCCACUCAACAUCGGUAAGAUCUCCCAAUUGGCUGAUCAAAACUCUUCUCUGUUGAUCAACAAGCGUUUCAACCCUGAGAAUGACUACCGUUCGGGCAUUAACUCCUCGAAAGUGGACCCUUCUGCUGCAACUGCUGCUGCCACAGCUCCAAACUUGAUGAGACAUGGCUCCGGCCACACCGAUGCAGUCUCUUCGCAAAGACGUACUCAAACUUUCCAAGCCUCCGAUGUUGUUGACGCUGCUUUGUUGGCUGCCGCUAGCGCCAAGGCCUCUGAAAGACUCAACUCUAUCAGCCUGGCAUCCGACCUGGACAUCAAACAACGCGCGCAAGUUUAUAGCAAGGCGUUGGCUGCUGCUCAGAGAGAUUCUGAAGCUAGAAUGAAGGACCACAAAUCUGGUAUGGUUGACUUGGGUGGAGGCUUAUCUUUGCCCAUCAGCGAGGUUGAUAAGUUGGCCAACUUGAUCGUUCAACCUGUUUUGGAUGAUCUUGGAACCAAGGCAGAUGCUCAAAGAGACACUGACGCUAAGCAAAAGCGUAAGAAGUUUGAGUUGCUCCAAUUGCACCAGAAAUCCAAGAAAGAAGACGAAGAACGUAAGGUCGCCGAGAAGGCUGAAAGAGAGCAGGCCAAGCAAGAGAGACUUGCUGGUCACGAACAAGACAAGCUCGAAGAAGACGAAAAAGUCAAACAAUUUGAAGCUGAGAAGCUUGCCAUUGUUGGUGAGAAAGAGAAGGAGUUGGAGGAGUUGAAGGCUACUCAUGCUGCUGAGCAAGAAGAGCUUCUCAAGACCAAGACUGAGAACGAGGCGCGUAUUGAAGAAGAGGAGUCGAAGCUUAUCGCCGACCGCAAGGAGGAAUUGGAGAAUAUGCAAGCCGAAAAGGAUGAAAUUCUUCGUCCUGUUAAUGAGGAAUUAGAGGUUGAGACAGGCAAACUCAAUGAAUUGACUGAGCAGAGAGACAGUGUCAAGGCAGAGUAUGAGGAGACCCAAAAACUCAAUGACGAGCGCGCUGCCAAGGUCGCUGAGAUGAAGAAGAAGCUCGAGUCUCUUGCCGAGAGCAUAGAGCAGCACAAUACCUUGCUCCUGGAGAUUAUUCCAAAGCGCGAGGCACUUGAUACUGAGGUUGGCGAGUUGGAGGAAAAGUCAGCUGCGCAAUUGCUCAAUGCUGGUCAAAGCAAGACUGAGCUUGACAAAGACGUCUCAGAUUUGGAGAAGCAAAAAGAAGAGUACACUUCUGCAAAGGCUACUACAAAGAAGGAUAUUUUGGCAGCACACGAGGAGCGUGUCAUUGAUGCACACAAGAUUAACAACGAGUUGCCAGAGCACUUGAAGGAAACCAUCCACGAAGACAAGCUUCUCGACACUGGUUCCUUAUUCUCUGUUGAGAAGAAGAAGCAUGUUGCUGAAGUUCCUGAGGUGAAGCCAGUCAAGGCUGAGCGUGACACUGCCAAGCACAGAAAGAGCUUCCGUGAGAAGUUGUCUGGAAUGAAGCACUCAUUCCUUCCUUCAUCUAAAUCCAGUGAAAACUCUGGUCAAUAA